AUGCUUGUUAUUGGCCUGUGGUUGAGCAAGGAACGGAAAGCCCGAUCGAAAGCCAUUGACCUGCACAAUGUCCUGGGCUCAGCCAUACGUCAGCAGACUGGGGCAUGGGAUGCCUCUAUAGCAGAUGCAAGUAGUACUUGUAAAUGGCCCAUCGCGACAUAUCAGGCAAUCCUGCUCCAUCUAAUUUUCGCCGCUUUAUAUCGGGGCGGUGGGGAGCUAGACCUUGACCUGAAGCCUUCCCUUGCACCUGCAGAUGCCGAACUACUGGAAAGACUUAUCAUAAGCUGCAAGAAGCUUGGAAUGCUCUACUACCCAAAUAUACUGCAGCAUUAUUGCGACAGUAUUCUGCCGGGAUAUACAUGGGUAAGUGUUGAGGAGGUAAAGAGGUUCGAUCUGGCUUUAUUCAAAGUCUGUGGAGCUUUUGGUAUCUCAGGCAAAGAAGAGCAUAGAACGGGUAACUUUGACGGGAGGAUCCGUGCAUGCGACUUACAAUUUCCACCACCCAGGAAUACGCCGUUGUGGAAUGCUGUAACGAAAGAAGAGUGGGAAUCCGCAGCGACAGCGGAUAUGGACCGCCAUAGCCUGGAUGACCCUUUGCCUCUACAAUGGAUCUCUAAUUCUGCAGAGAUUGUGGAACUUAUUGCUACUGGGUCUCCUGCAUUACUUUAA